AUGCUGGUUAUCCUGCUUGUUCGAGGGGUCACGCUCCCUGGAGCGUAUGAUGGGAUAAAGUACUAUAUAUAUACCCGGAUACUUUCUCGGCUUAAGGACCCUCAGGUGUGGAUAGAUGCUGGCACGCAAAUCUUUUACUCCUAUGCCAUCACAAUGGGCUUUACUGUCGGUAUUGGAAGCUAUAAUCCCUAUAACUACAAUUGUUACAAGACUGCAUCUGUUUUGUGUUUCUUGGACAGUGUCACCAGCUUCAUUGGGGGAUUUGCCAUGUUCUCUGUCCUGGGGUUCAUGGCACAGGAGCAAGGUGUGCCCGUCUCAAUGGUGGCAGAGUCAGGACCAGGACUGGCUUUUAUCGCAUACCCCAAAGCGGUGACUAUGAUGCCCGUCUCACAACUCUGGUCCUGCCUCUUUUUCAUCAUGAUUAUCCUGCUUGGUCUGGACAGCCAGUUCAUUUACGUUGAGGCACUGUGCUUGGCCAUCACAGAUAUGUACCCAACUGUUUUGCGUAAGGGCUACCGGAGAGAGCUGCUGAUUCUGGCUAUAUGUGUCAUCUGCUACUUAAUGGGACUUUUUAUUGUGACUCAGGGAGGUAUGUAUAUCUUCCAGUUAUUCGAUUAUUACUCCAGCAGUGGAAUCUGCCUUCUCUUUGUGGGGAUAUUUGAGUGUAUCUGCAUCGGCUGGGUAUAUGGGGCAGACCGCUUCUAUGAUAAUAUCCAGGACAUGAUUGGCUAUCGGCCCUGGCCCUUGAUGAAGAUCUCCUGGAUGGCAGUGACCCCAGCCAUAUGCCUGGGCACAUUCCUUUUUUCUGUGAUCAAGUACAUGCCCUUGAAGUACAAUAAUAUAUAUGUGUACCCGCCAUGGGGUUAUGCCAUUGGCUGGCUCAUGGCUAUUGCCUCCAUGAUCUGCAUCCCUGUGUGGGCAAUUUAUAUCCUACUCAAGACGGACGGAUCCUUCAUGGAGAGGCUGCUUAAAGUUGUUUCCCCUGCGGAUGAUCUUCCACAACCAAAAGAGCAAGCAGAGAAAUCGAUAUCCUGCCAAUCCUGCUUUGGUUCUAGAAUGAGGUCCUUCAGUCUUCCAGAAGUUAUCAGCGUCAAGGACCUGGAACUUACUUCACUGUAA